GGGUCAAUACCUUUUGUAAAUAAGUAUGCACGAUAUGUGCUUCGUAUACAUAUAAGUAUGCUUAAAUUACUUUAAUACGGUGCAAACCUGCUUGUUUUGUUGUGCAAAUACAAGGGGUAUUGCUUGAACCGGCUGUAAAUCUGGAAUUUAAAUAUAUGAAUAUAUACUACUUAUAUGUGCAUAUAUGUAGGGGAAGGUGGGGAAUGGUGAUAUUUUUAUCCCUAGUAUAGGUUGACAGCUGCAACCAACUGUCAUCGGCUCGUCUCAUACUAAGCUCAGUUUCUAUAUAGCACUCGAGCUGUGAACACGUGUUAUAACCUCUCUGCGACAACAAAAAGAAAUUCGACACUUCGAAAGUUUUUUUUCAACUCUGUGUACAGUUGAUUUUUUUUCACAUUUUCCAAUAAAUUCAUCCAGGUAAAUAUGUUUAUAAUAUUAGUUGAGCCUUUAGCCUUCGACACACAAAAGAAAUUUUGCACGAAUUUAAAUUGUGUUCAUUAUCCACCGCCAUUUUGCAAAAUAUUAUUACGGGGAAUGUCGGGUUUUUUACAUUUGACAUGCUAACUUCAUAUAUUUGACGUGUAUAAGUGAUUUUUCGUGCAGAAUUUCAACAACACAAUAGUUUUUCAUCAUUUCCUGAUAGUUUCGUGCUCCGAAAAAUUUUUUUUAGUCAUUAUGCCGCGGUACUAUCCCAAACAAGAGAAAAUUGUUGAUUUCGACAACAUUCUGGAGGCGAUCAAGUCGGUGAAAAUACAUCACAACAGCGUUCGACAAUCUGCGACGGCACACAAAAUUCCGAGGACCAACCUGAUGCGUUAUAUUGUAGCAUUUGAUGGUGCGAGCAUCGACGUUACUACUGCUAAUGCCGAUGUAAUGAAGAAUUUGCUGGCUGAAAGCACGACGAUGGGCACAAAAACAAUCUUCAACAUCGAACAAGAGAAGGCGCUGAUAAGCUACAUUCUCCAAGCCAGCGACAUCAACUAUGGGAUUAGUUUGAUGGAGCUUGAUGCAUGGAAAAAGUCCAACAUUGGUGUCACUUUCGAUCUGCAUCAUGUGCCGCUCCUUGUCGAUCAGUGCCUCGAUGUUAUGUUAACGCCGAAAACCAUCAAAUCCGGCUUCCGAACAACUGGCAUCUACCCGGUCAACCCGCAAAUUUUCACUGAAGUUGACUUUGUCGCUUCGGAACUGAGUGGCGAAAAUUUGUUCGGUGACGAAGAGAAAUACGCCGACAAUCAACGUCGAGUUGUUGCCUCUGGUGAUGCCAUUGUGACUGCUGCGAAUGAGGAGGUGUCAACGUCGGAGGCAUCGACAAGUGCCCCAGCUUCAACAAGUGGUGCUGCAUCAUCGUCGUUGUCUCUUGUUUCGGCUCCACAGCUCCGUGAUGCAUUAAAAUCGGUUGGCCCGUUGAAAUUGGGCACACCUGCGCCGAAAUCAAAACGUAGCCGCAAGACAAUGGAGUCAACGAUUUUGACAUCGCCUGAGGUUGUCGCAGAUCUGCGUGACAAGGCCGCAAAAAGCGGCAAAAAUUGACGAAGGCAGCCGAUGAACCAGCAGCCAAGAAGCAAAAAGGCCGUGGCAAAUCGAAGACGCCACGGAAGAGAAGCCCGUCUCCGACCGAAACCGACAUCGAAGAGGACUUCGAUUUUUGCACGAUUUGCAAGAAAAAGAUGCCGAAGCACGAGAAUCGUCAAAACACGGUCCAUUGCAUCGUUUGUGAUCGAGGGGUUCACUUGAAAUGUGCCGGACCGAACCCGAACACUUACACCUGCAUCUACUGCGAGUCGGAAUAAUUUUUUUCGCCAAUUCCUAUUUUUCUUAUUAUUUAUGAAUCUCUCUUUCAUUUCCAUUGAUUGUGGCUUGCCCUAAUGUUUGUUGCCUUGUGCCUUAUCUCACUGCUCUUAGUUUGCUCCUAUUUUCUGGUGUGCCUUAUGUAAGUGCUUUUGUGUAUGUUGUAUUGUUUUUAUUAUCCGCGCCCGGUGGUGUGAUUUAUUUAGUUUCGCGCUCGGUGUUGUUGUUGUUUUUGUUUUCGUUUAGUCUUCCCUUCUUUUUGGCGCGUUUUUGUUUGCUUCACUGUAUAGAUAUAUGUAUACAUAUGUGUUUAUAUAUCCGAACUGGGUUGUACUCCACUAACACUUUAUAAUAUUUCACAACACUCUUUUCUAAUUUUUUUCCAAUUUAAUAGUUUUAAAAUAUGUGUUUUAGUCACCGCACUUUAUUUAAUAAAAAAUUUUUUAUUAUUAUUAUUUACUUUUUUUCCUUUUGUUUUUCUUUUUUAAGGUGCCUUUCUGUAGGGUCGAAGGGCCAUGUUUUAAUAACUGGUGAACUCACCUUUAUUUCCAAACUUCACUUGUUAGUCUAGAAAGGACAACGCACAGAACGGGUUUUCUGGAUUUCAAAUUCACAAUUCUAUUUUUAUUUCUGAACUCACUUUUGUUAUAAAAGAAAUAUCGCGCAGCACAGGUUUUUUUGGAUUUACAGAUUUCGGAAUUCUAUUUUAUUUCAUUUUACAUAUAUUUUUCAAAUGUUAUAAAUUGCUCGAAUACCCCAAUCGAUGAACGAUGAUGUACGUGGGAGGAAAAAAAACGAUGCUGCGAAAGCGUAUGCGCAAGUACGUUGAGUCUUAACGCGUACGGAAGCAAAAAGCGAAGUGUGGCGGCUGGAGUUGUCCGUCCCUUUUUUGUGUAAAACUGUUGUGUUCUGGUUGGUAGUGUGGUGUCAUAUUUGAGUGUAUUGGUGUGAUGUGUAGUGAUAUGGAAGGUGAGUGGUGAGUGUGGUGUGCUGUAAUGAUGAUUUUGUGUGUUGCAAUGUGGUGUGGCUGUGUUUCAUGACAGGGUAGGCCGAGAGUCAUUUAGACAACAGCUGCAACUUUUUUCAACUUCCCCGAAAUAUAUUUUUUUAGUUAAAUGAAGCUUGAAAUAUCACCUUUCCAACACUGUGCAUUGGUAGUACUGGAAAUAUAUGACCGCAACGACAUCUAUUGACACAAUGUACUUUCGGCUACCCAAUAUGACCAGGAUUUUCGAACAUCCGGCUGACUUUGCUCCAUAUGAUUGGUGAUUGUAUGUGAGGUACCUUAAUGAAACCUAGGUAACAUUUUGUAAUAAGAGGCAUGAUAAUAGUUAAUAGAUAAAAUAGGGUCGAUAUUUCCAUAUACUGCGUUUUCCUUUUCUAACAAAGCGUUUGCCUAAUAUGUCGAUCAGUGUAUGAGUUACAUAGAAUAUAUGUAUGUAUACUAUAUAUAAAACUUCUUAGGUUCCGAUCCUCUGGUUGACGUUUUACAUCUUAAGGUAUUUCCUGGCUUUAGUUCUUGCUAGUUGCAAGAAUAUAAAAUGUUCGGUUGCACCCGAACUUGUCCUUUUUUACUUACUUUUUUAUAACUUCCUAAUAAAAUGUAAUUGAAAGAGACUUCAAUUAAUUUCAUUUCUUUUGACAUUCAGCAAUACAUCAGAAAUUAGGAUCGUACGUAGACUUCUGUCGCCUGUUAUCGACCAUCAAUAUAAUGUUAUAAGAUAUCAAAUUUAUUUGUAAGUCAUUCACGAUUUCGUCGAAUAAUGAAUAAAGAAUUAUUUUUUUUUAAUUUUUGAAUAUAAAGUUUUUUCAACACCUGAAAGUAUUUCGGCUCCUUGGUCAUUGCAAAUUGAUAGAUUCUAGCAUCGCUAUUCAAACAAUCGUACUUCUCCUUAAAUUAAUAUGUACACUCGAUAAUUUUUUUAAAUCAUUAAAUAUUCAAAUAUAAUUGAAAUAUUUCAGAUACUUACUAUUUGUUACUUUUAUUAAUAAAAACAUUACCUAGAAAACUUUACUCU